AUGUCCUCCCACGAAGACGACGGCCCUUCCCCCCUUACGAGAAUCGCUCAAUUAAAGUCUUUCCUCGCUCUCGCUUACGACAAUCCAAACAAAAUUCAAAAGGCUAAAGAUAAGCUGCUUGCUUGCAAGCAAGGUACGGACGCUUUCUAUAUCUACGUUUUACGCUUCGAACGACUUUUGCACGCUGCUCGCUAUCAGACUUGGCCCGACGCUAAUAAGAUUAUUGCGUUCCGCAAUAGUCUGAACUCAAUUAUACGGACCCGUUUGAAUGGCUAA